AUGGCAGAUCAAGAAAAGAACAUAGACCAUCGUUUAGAGUAACCAGAUUAAGAAUAAUCUCUUUUGUAAGAUGUAUAAGAAAAUGGGCAAGUUUUUGAUAUUGAUGGUUAACAUUAAACUCAAAAAGAUGUGAAUGUUCAUCAGGUGAGAAGAACACCGAAUAAUAAGUAAGAUGUAGAGGAUUCAAAGAUGAUGAAGAGAGAUACAAUCAAGAAAAAGAAAAGGAAGGAAAAGGAGGAUAAAUUGAUAUCAGCAAGAAGAUUAAAAAGAUUAUUGAGAAAAAAGCCAAUUGAUAAAAUCAAAUUAGCAUAUUAGGCCUAUUUCUUUAUUGUUAGCAUUACUGUUUUAUCUCUAAGCAUUGUGUCCUAUAGAGAUCAAACAGUUUCUUCGGAAGACUAUUAAUAGUUCAUAGAUAAUGUGCUGUCAGAUACCAUAGAUGAUAUAAGGUUUACUUAUACAAAUAAAAAUUGUAAGACUUAAUUUGGGAGUCAAGUAAUAAUCUUUUGAUUACCAUAGUAUUCUUCCCUUUUUGAAUAUAAUUGGCCGGGUACUAGGAUAGGUUGCGAUUGUAGUAAGGGAUACAAUUUCUCUACUUUAACAGCUUACAAUAUUGAUGCGUUUUUCAGAGAAUCUUUUAUGCUUGGCCGUAUUUGCAGUCAAGAUUUGCUCUCAAAGAAUUGUAAUACAGUGAAUGUGCAGCAGGAAAAAGUGUUCAAUUCUUGGAACGAUGGUUCUUUUGGAAGACGUAUGAUCUUAUAAGAUUAUUAAUAGCUUUUGUAUUAUGUGCAAGAAGAUAAGUAGGAAUUAAUUUAUAAUCAAACUAAUCUAAUUGUUAAUCAUAAAACUAGGUCACGUGUGGGAAUGGUGACAACAUCUUUUGCGUUCCUGAAAAUAUGAGUUGUCCCAUAACAGAAAUAGGAUUUACUACUAAUGCAGAUUAUCAAAAUUUAAAAUAAAUAAACAAUACAAAUGUUGGAGAUAUUGUUUCAUUGGGAGCGGGAUUCUACUUUUAUUUUAUAAAAAAUACGUCUACCUUACCACUAGUAGAAUUUAGAGUGACUGAAGGUGAUAAAAUAUGUAGAAGAAAUUUAGAUCAGAAUAUAUCACCUAAUAGGAUUGAUUAUCCUUUGAUGUUAUCAAGAAGAUAGCUAUGUGAGAAUAAUGAUCCACUCUUCUAAAUUAUUCAUUCGAUUGAUGAAGAACAAUUCUAUCUCUCCAAUAAUGUAAUUUAUUUGUCUGAAAAAUUGCCUUAUUUCAACAUAGAUCCCAAAUUUAAUUGGACUCUAAACGCUAAAACAUUUAUCCCUUGGUCACCUGAAUGUAGAGGCGAUUUUUUUGACCAAAUUAUAUAAGAAGGAGAUACUUUGCACUAUGUUUACACAGCCUUAAGAGUCCAACUGGGUGUUACUAUCACCUAUUUUUUGGUUAUUGGUCUCAUUUUUAAUAUUGUUGGAACAAUGACUGCUUGCAAUUUCGCUUGGUCUUGUAUGGCAAGUAAUAAAUUAUUUGCUAUCAUCUUUAGCUCGUCCAUAAUCCUAAUACAAUUAUAUAUUCUUAAUAGAAAUAGGAUUCAAAAUACUAUUACAAAUAGCUGAAAUAAUUGUAAUAAUAGUCUCCUUUGCUAUCAUAGAUGGCAAAAGAAAGAUAAUUAAAUAAAUUAAUGACGAUGGAUGUGUAUCUGAUCCUGUCAGUGAUUACUUCUUUACUAAUUUGGAAAGUGAUUUAACUAAAUUUGCUUGGUCUUACAAUCUAGCUAACUUAGUUAUAUUUACUAUUACACUCAUUCUUGAUCUUAUAAUUAUUAAACACUCAAUUAGUAAAGGACAACAUCACGGAGCCAAAUAGCUUCACGAAAAAGAAGAACAUUAAGAAUUAGAUGCUGGUUAACCUGGAGAUUCAGGGUCAGGAUCUUAAUAAGAGAAUAAAAGCGAAAUUAAACUCCAAGUCAAAGCAGAAACUCCACUUUGA